GUCACCGUGAAGGAAGAGCGAGGGGAACAUAAUGGUGUCCCCCUGGAGAAGAGUCCUCAUGCUGGCCACCAAACUGGCCCCUGUCCCAGGACCUGCUGUCUGCCAGGCCCGUCGCCAUGCCAGUCGAGGCUCAUUCGGGUGGAUGUCAAAGAAUCCCAAACAGAAACAACAGGGUGCCGUGUUUGAGGAUGACCAUGACAUGGAUGCAGUGGAAGUCAAACUGGACUCUAUUAUUUGUGAAGAGAGGAGAAGACAGAAAGCAGCAAAGUUUCAUAUAAUCAAGAGGAAAAUGAACACUCCUGGAGCUCCACACAGAAAGCUCAGCUGGGAUGCCAUUGAACAGAUAAGGUACCUAAAGCAGGAGUCUCCAGAGGAAUGGACGCUCCAGAGACUAGCAGAGGGUUUCUCUGUCAGCCCUGAUGUCAUUUCCAGAGUCUUGCGCAGCACGUUCACCCCACCAGCAGCCCGGAAGCUAAAGCAGGAUGCUAAAGUCUCCCCCAGCAGUGGACCACAGUAUCUCAAAGACGGCAAAGCUGAACAAUCCAGACUUCAGAAGAGCUUGACUCCAUCAGUACUGCUCCCCUCUGCAAACACAUCUCAUUCUGCCCUCAAAACACUGGACACCAAGCAGACUGGACUGACGCCCUCUGCUGGACACAUAACAUUAUCAAAACAGACAGCUGUACUGAAUGUGGCACCCGAAUACCAGGACAGGCUUGAGUCUAAAGGUGAGAUGGAUGUGAAUGAUGAUGUAGAGUUUGAGGAGGAGUGGGAUGGAGUGAUUCUGACUGACGAAGAGCUGGAGAAAAUCACACAAACACUUCAUGAGAAGCCCAGUCCAGUGGAGCAGAGAGGAAGAGACUUUUUUGAUAGUGAAGGUAACUUCCUGUAUAGAGUUUGAGACACUUGGAGUUUAUGUUUAGAAAAUGUUUGUUAAAUAAAAAUAUAUCUAAAGGCAUAAUUCAACCAAAAAUAAACAUUUCUUCACCAUUUACGUAAACUUGAAAGGACACCUAUGAUUAACAUUAGUAAGCUGUUUGGACAGAGCUGUAUGUAGGUAUAUUGUGUCCACAGUCAUAUUAGAGUGAUAGAAACGCAAGUCUCUUUUUAAAAAAUAUCCUGACAAUAAAAUAGGACCCAUAUCACAGUGAUUUUGAGGCCCACUGCAACGUGGGUGUGGUUUUCCCUGACCACCGAUUGAUUGACAGGCAUCAUGUUUCUACAAUAAUGUUUAUACACGUCCACAGAACAUUUUUUUGCAAAUAAACUUGGAUUAAAAUAUCUCUGUGAUUUUCAUAAGUUAUAUACGUUUAAAAAAAAUUUAAAACAGAGUUUGUAAUAAAGACAGUUAAAUCAUUCAUUCUUAACCGCUAUAAUCAACACGGCCACAUGGUGUCAGUAAACUUUAAUGUGUGUGUAAUGCAAAUGGCAUUUGUGUGAGACUCAUCAUUUCAGAAAUGCUUGAAUAAAUUCCACCACAAAUACAUCAAA